AUGGCUGCUGCAGUCGCGUCUUUGUUUGGCUACAAGCCCACCCCAAACGCAAAACUCCCAGAUGAACCGCCUAAAGCUCUUCCAGCGUCUUGGUAUCGUGCCCCAGAAAUGUACGAGCUAGAGCGACGAGCUAUCUUUUCUAAGAAGUGGAUCCUAAUCACCCACAAGUUGCGCUUCGCAAAACCCGGCGACUUCCUUCGGUUUGAAGAAGCAGGAUUCUCUUUUGUGCUGUGUCUUGACCGACAAGGAAACUUGAACGGCUUCCACAAUAUCUGCCGUCAUCGCGCCUUCCCGCUCAUCUCGGAGGAUCAGGGCAAUGCGAAAAUCCUGUCUUGCAAAUAUCACGGAUGGUCAUAUGGUCUCAAUGGAAAAUUGGCCAAGGCCCCAAAGUUCGAUGACGUCCCGGGGUUCAAAAAGGAGAACCAAAGCCUGUAUCCCGUUCAUGUGCAUACUGAUGCCUUGGGCUUCAUCUGGGUCAAUCUGGACUCGUCACCGAAUCCCGUCCCCUGGGAAGAAGACUUUAAGGGUGUCGACACACAAGAGCGGUUCAAACGAUUUGAUUUCAGCCAGUACAAAUUCGACCAUACCUGGAAUAUGAAUGGCAACUAUAAUUGGAAGACACUCGCCGAUAACUAUAACGAAUGCUAUCACUGCACCGUUGCGCAUCCUGACGUGGCGAAUUUGGCCGAUCUGUCAUAUUACUACACAAUUUCCACUCCAGGACACAUCCAACACUACUCUCGACCGAAGGAAGACAAAAAGGAUGAUGAUAUCCAGAAUGCGAGUACAUACUAUUUUCCAAACGCUUGCAUGACGGUCUCACCCCAUUUCUUCUACAUGAUGCGAUGCGUCCCAACUUCCGCAGGCACCUGCUCCAUGGAAUACGAGGUCUAUCGGCAUAACGAGGCCUCGGACUACGACUUCGAGUACAUUGAUUCAUUCUUCAAGAGAGUUCUCGAUGAGGACAAAUAUCUCUGCAAUGCUGCUCAGAAAAACCUGAAUGCCGGUGUCUUUGUAAAUGGUCAACUUCACCCCCGUCUGGAGAGCGCUCCACUUUUUCUUCCAGAAUACUGUCCGAAAUCUGCUAAGGAGUCAUCGCGACGAGGAAAGGAAAGAUGGCAGGGAGAUUUGGCCAGCCCGGCAACAUUCGGCCGGUGA